CUACGGCAACCUAUCACGGCUACGCAGCAGGGCUUUUUGGUGCGUGAGUGCUUUCAUGGAGACUUCCGCCUUGUAAGCCUGUUUGUGGUCUAUUGUGAAUCUGAUCUGUGCCCCAACGUUAAUGCUUGACUUCCCCAACAGACGUCAACACCUCAGCUGAGUGAACGACGCAUAGAUAAUACACUUGAAGCGAAAUGGAGGCAGCAGGCACCCGGCUUUCGGGACGGGACAGGCUGAAAGCACGUUAUACAGACUACAUUUGCUGUCUCAAUGAGCGUCGCUGGUCAGAUUUGGGCGCGUACGUGGACGCGCAAGCCGUGCACAAUGGACGACCUUUCGGUCUGAAUGGCUAUCGAGCAAUGCUGGAAGAGAAUGUUGCACAAAUCCCAGAUUUGACUUUUAACGUCACACGGCUGCUCGUCGAUGAAGAACAGGCCAGCGUAGCGGCGAUCAUUCAUUUCGAAUGCACGCCCACCGCAGAUAUAUUCGAGACGAGGGUCAACGGACGUACGAUCAGGUUCGAGGAGAAUGUCUUUUAUCGAUUGUCUUCGGAGUUGAAGAUUGUGGAGGUGAAGAGCAUCAUCGACAUUGCUGCAAUCCGGGAACAGGCACAAGCUUGAAAUCGUGAAUGUACUUGCACCAUCGCAACACGUUCCAGAACUCUGAUUGCGCUCACCGAGGACACGCUCUGGCGCAACCUAGCAAGCAUCUCCCGCAGAACGAGCGUUGCCGCACAUCACGCGGGCAUGACGAUGACGGACUGCGGCCGCGUGACAGCGUCUACAUGCUACCAAGGGAGUACACAGCAGACUGUACAGCAUCACUCGCAAACCUGCACAAUCACGAACGCCGUACGGUGUGCACACAUCACCACGGGCAAGUAGGUACUCGCACAUUGACACGCCGUUUCGCGCGGACGCCCA